AUGUCGUCGGGCCGCGGCACCCUCCGUAACUACUACGUGGACUCGCUCAUAGGCCCCGACACCGAGGAAGGAGGGUACGGAGGAAGAGCAGGCGGAGGCCCCAGCCCUUUCCUACCAGGAGGUCCCCCGUUCGCCGCUCCACGGUUGCCUCCAGGUGUGGCGACCGAGGGAUCGGAGUUCUCUCCGUGCAGCUUCACCCCCAAGCCGUCCGUCUUCUCCUCCUGGCCGGCCCGUCCUCCUCCCGCUCAACCCUCUACCCCGCUGCCGAGCAUCUACCCUCCGUACGUGGCCCCGCCGCACCUCGGAGGGUCGGCCGAGGGGGGCAGGUACGUCCCUCCCUGGCUCGAUCCCUACGCUUCCUUUCGCGGCAGCCACGCCGCCCUCUCGGCUGCGCCCGCCGUCUCCGACCGAGACCCCGUCGCAGCCCCCGGACGCCUCUACGGGAUCGGCAAGCCGGAGCCCGCCGCCUCCGCGUCGCUUGAGCCCCGAGCCUUCGCUUCCGCCGCCUCCGUCCCGUCCUUUGCCUCCGGUUCACCAGCCCCACGGACGGAGAGCUUCUCGGCCGCCGACCGUUCCCGCGGGCCCGACUACACGUGCGACUCUUUUCUGGCAGCGGCGGCGACUGCCGGGUUGGCUGCCCCCGCUCUCGCUUCCCCGGCCAGCAACGCCAGUCUCAGCCCGGCCAAGCCAGCCUCCGGAGGCAGCCCUAGCCGCAGCCCGCUCAGCGACCUGAAGGAGGAAAAAGAGGAGCAGCAAUUUGGCCCAAAUAACCCGGCUGCAAACUGGAUUCAGGCUCGGUCCGCCAGGAAAAAGCGUUGCCCUUACACCAAAUUCCAGACUCUGGAACUGGAAAAGGAAUUCCUCUUUAAUAUGUACCUCACCCGAGAACGGCGCUAUGAAGUGGCCAGGAUUUUAACCCUCACGGAGAGGCAGGUUAAAAUCUGGUUCCAGAACCGCAGGAUGAAAAUGAAAAAAAUGAAUAAAGGGAAAAGGGAAUAA